AAACAGCCGAUCGAUAUAUCGUCAAAAGAGAUGACGAUUAAUCGAGAAGUUGUCAGCUGGAAUCCCACGUGUGUUUACAUUUUGAGCUGUGAAAGUGUGCAGGAAAUUCAGUAAAAACCAGAGAAAAUGGGAAAACCACAGCGAAGGCAUAAGAUGCACUCAGGAGACACUCAUCUGAGGCGUCGAUGGCGAACAAGAAGCCGUAAGAAGGACUUGGAUGAGAUUGAUGAAGAUUUGACGAAGAAAUCCGAGGAAUUGCUGAAUCAGGAAGUUGAUUUGGAAAAGCCGGGCUUUGCACAAUUCUACUGCAUCCACUGUGCCAAGUACUUUAUCGAUGACAAUGCUCUGCAGUCGCACUUUAAGACUAAAGUCCACAAGAGACGCCUCAAGGCCUUGGAGACAGAACCGUAUUCCGUGGAGGAAUCCGAGCGAGCUGCUGGCCACGGGAGUUUCAAGGAGGCUAAGAAGCGGAAGCUGGAGACACAAUUUAAGGAUCCCGCAGAUGGGAAUCGAUCAAAGGUCCUGGUCCUGGAGGCUCCCAAAGAGGAAAAAAUGGAAAAAUAGCGAUUGCUUUAAAAUUUUCUCUCAGAACUAUUUAAUCAAUUGAUUGAACACAAUUUAGUAAAUAGUUUUUUUUUUUACAUCAAUUAUUUUCUUCGCCUCAAUAUAUUGUUCGUCCUGC